CAAACAAACAAACAGACAAACAAACAUAUACACAAGUUGAUGAAUAGAAUAAUGGAUGAAUUGAUUGAAUAGAUGAGUAAAAUUAUGCAAUAUGAAGGAGGGAGGAAGAAGAGGAAGAAGAAGAAGAAGAGGAGAGAAGAGGAGGAGCUUGAUAAGGAGAGAAAUGAAGAGGAGGAGGAAGAGGAAGAGGAAAUUUUAAAGAAGAGGAAGAAGAAAAAGAGGAGGAGGAGGAGGAGGAGGAAUUUAAUAUGAAGAAAAAGAAGAGGAAUUUGAUGAGGAGGAAGAGAAGAAAAAGAGGAAGAAGGAAAUAGAAGAGAGAGAUAAAAAGGAAGAAGAAGAAGAAGAAGAGGAGGAAGAGGAAACCAAGAGAGAGAGAGAGAGAGAGAGAGAGAGAGAGAGAGAGAGAGAGAGAGAAUGUCAACUUAAAAAAAAAAGUGAUUGAAAGGAAGAAAAUGACAAGGAAAAGAAGAAAAAGGAGAAAAUUAGUUAGAAAAUAAAAGAAGGAAAAUAUAUUGGUGUAAGAAAAAGAGGAAAAUUGAAGGAAAAUAUACCGGCAAAAUGAAGAAAAGUGAGGAAAAUGAGGAAAAAACAUUAGGACGGAAAUCAUGAAAUCAAGUUAGGAAAAUAAUGAAAAAAAGAAAAUAUUAGCUAAGGAAAACAAAACAAAAAAAACACAAAAACGACCAGGAAAAAAAAAUUGCAUAGACACCCCAAAAAAAAAACAAGGAAAAAAAAAAAACACUCGCUCGUCACCUCAACUUUUUAUUAUUAUUAUUAUUAUUAUUAUUAUUAUUAUUAUUUUUUGUGCUGUCGAAAAUGUAAUGAAUCUCAACGCGUCUCGGAUUAUCGUCCCUAUACCUCAGAGCACUCAAGGAAGACGGAAACAAACAAACAAACAAACAAACAGACUAUAGGGGCCGUGAGCCUCUCGGUGGAAGAAAAAAAAUAUGGACAUAUCGAAGGAAAACGGAACUCCUGUGUUUGUGACGUUUAUUGUGGGUGAAAGAAUAGAGGAAAUGACGGAAGGCUUAGUGGGUGAAAGGGUAGAUAAAAACAUAUGUAUAGAGUUAGAGGAGGAGGAGGAGGAGGAGGAGAAGUGAAUAGAGAAAGUUGAAUAUGGAGAAAAAGGAGAAGAAGAGAAAAAGGAAGAGGAGGAGGAGGAGAAGUAAAUAGAGGUGGAUUAGCAAAAUGUGAUGAUUGGAAGAGAAAGAGAGAGAGAGGAAAAGAUAAAUGAAGAGAGAGAGAGAGAGAGAGAGAGAGAGAGAGAGAGAGAGAGAGAGAGAGAGAGAGAGAGAGAGAGAGAGAGAUGAAAAAAGGGAAGUUAAAGGAAGGAAAGAGGAAAAUAAGAAGAAGAAAAGAAAGGAAGAAGAAGAAAAAGUGAUUGAAAUUAAGUUAUGUGAAUGGAAGAAGAAAAAAAGAAGUUGGUGAAGAAAAGGAAGAAGAAAAUAAAGAAAGAAGGAAAUAGAAUAAAAGAGAAAGAAGAAAAAGUGAUGGAAUUUAAGUUAUGUGAAUGAAAGAAGAAAAAGGUCAGUUUAGGAAAAUAAAGAAGAAAAAGAGGAAGAAGAAGAAAAAAUGGAAGAAAAUAAGUCAUGUGAAUCGUAAAAGAAAAACAGAAGUGGAGGAAAAUAAAAUAAAAAUAAGAAUUAGUGAAAUAAAGGAAGGAAGCAAAGAAUAAACAAUAAAAAUAAAUGUAAAUAAAAAAAAAAAUGACAAUAGAUUUUAGCGAAGGAGAGAAACACAGAAAAAAAAAGAAGUGGAGAAAAGGAAAAGAAAAACAAGAAGAAGAAUAAGAGAAAUAAAGAAAGGAAGCAAAGAAUAAACAAUAAAAAUAAAUGUAAAUAUUAAAAAAAUGUGACUAUAAAUUUUAACGAAGGAGAGAAACACAGAAAAAAAAAGAAAUUGAGAAAAGGAAAAAGAAAAACAAGAAUAAGAAUAAGUGAAAUAAAGAAAGGAAACAAAGAAUAAACAAUAAAAAUAAGUGUAAAUUAAAAAAAAAAUGACAAUAGAUUUUAGCGAAGGAGAGAAACGGAGAAAUUCAAUAAACUGUAAAAUCAACCAGAAAAAUCACACACACAAACCUUAGUAAACGAGGGAAUAGGGAUAACAGGUGAUAAACAUCAGAAAUACAACAAACAAUAAAAUAGAUUAGUUACCGAAGGAGGGAAAUGAGAAAACGAUGAUAAACUUGGAAAUAAAAUAAAGGAAAAAAAGAAAGAAAAUACACAGACCUUGAUAAAUGGAAUGGGGGAGUGGGAGAAAAUAGGAUAAAGGAGAGAUAAGCAAAUAGGAGAAAUAGGAAAUAGAAGGAAAGGAAAAUGGAGAUAGUGAAAAAUUUGAUAAAUAUGUGGAAUAGGAAAUAGAAGGAACAGAAAACGGAGAGGAAGAAAAGAAGUUAAUGAAGUUUUAUAAUGAAAGAAAAGAAAAACAAACAUAUGUACACACUGAUGAGAGAGAGAGAGAGAGAGAGAGAGAGAGAGAGAGAGAGAGAAUGUUAAAAUGAAGUUGAAAAAAAAAAGAAGGAAGAAAUAACAGAAAAAAGUGAUAAAUACCAGAAAUAGAAACAAGAUUAAAAAAAAAGAGAAAAUAGGAGAGAAAUUAAUUAGGAAAACAUUAAAAAACAAAACCGGAAAAAAAUAAGAAAAACGGGAGAAGGAAAAAAGAAAAAGGAAAUAGGAGAAAAAUGUGAUAAACGAGAAAUAAAAAAGAAAAAAAACACUGGAAUUACAAAGUGGCGCAGAAACGAAGCAGAAAAAUCAAACAAACAAACGAACUAACUCACAAACAGACUCUCGCACACACUGACUAAGAGAGGAAGAAGAAGAAGAGGAAGAGGAAAAGGAAGGAGACUAGUGAUAAACCAUGGAGAGAUAAAAUAGAAGAUAGGUGACAUCCCAGUGACCUCCUGCUGACCUUCCGAUGACCCGAGAUGAAGAUGACGGCCAGACGGGAAUGGUACGAGUUGGCCGCCUUGAUGUGGACAGUUGUCACAAGUGGGAGCCCUGUCGAGAGGACGGACCAUACCAAGCCUGUACAAGCCCAGACCAGACCAAACCAGACCCUGCCAAGCCACCCUUUACCCUCACCCUUGGCCAAUACCCCCGACUCACUUCCUCAGCUCCGAGUGUGCAUGUGUGUGUGUGUGUGUGUGUGUGUGGACUGGAGUAUCAGCUAAUCUACCUCUGCUGAAUCAUCUCUAGCGAACUUUAAUAUGGUCUUGAUUAGUGCUAGAUUAAUUAACGCGACUUACGAGACAUAAAUUAGUCGGCCGGAAAUGAGUUAAUGGAGCCAGGAAUCAGGUCUGUAUGGAUAGGAUGUAAGAAUUGUACUCUAAAACUUAUAAUCCAAAACACAAAAUUCUUAGCACCCAUGUUUUUCGGUAUGCCGGAGAAUGGUUAUAUAUGUAAAAACCUAUGCUCUGAAACCGAGAUCCUUCGUUUGUUUUAUAUACGAGACAGCAUGUGCUAUGAUAAGGGAUUGAAUUGUCGGAUAGGGAGCGUUGAUUCUCUCUUAGCGAUGACAUAGAAUUCUAAUGGAGUCUAUGUGAUGCUUUAUAAAUAGGUGAAGGAUAGAGUAUUGUAUAAGCUAUAUAUUGGAACCAAGAGAGAGAGAGAGUGAGAGAGAACCUAAUGUAAAAAACUCAACUUGCAAAGACAGAAAACAACAAAAAAAAAAAGAGGGUUUCGGUACGCAGUUCACAGCCUGUUUUUCACGUUUUCUUUGUCCCGUAAGAUGUUAGGGAGCUGUUGAAGUCACCCCUGAAAGCUUACCCCCCCCCCCCCCCUGCCCCCCCCCUCUCAUAAUCAUCGGAUGCAACAUGUGACGGCUGGGGUCUGCAUUGGGUACAUCUUGUGUCCAUGGCGGCAAAUCCUCCCCUCCCCCCCUUCACCCCCCCCCCAAGGCAGCCUUAGUUGUAGUGUGUCGAGGAGCGUCUAGUGUUAAGGAGGAGGAGUAAGUGUGUUUCGUUACGGUGUACUGUCUAAGUUUUUACGAUGGGACGAGUAUGUACGCCCUGUUCUAGAUAACCUGGCGAAUAGGCCCCGCCCCCUCUCAUGCCCCGCCCACCUCUGAGAUUGCAAUUACGUCCCAUUUUGUUUUCAUGAAAGAGAAAAUGCAACACAGAAAUAAUGAAAAAAAGUGAUAAAUAUGAGAAAUAGGAAUGUAGAUGAUGGAGAAAAGGAGUAAAAAAUGAGUUAUUGGUUCUUAUCUCUUGUAUUGUGGCUCAGGGUAACUUGGCAAAUAGGCCCCGCCCCCUCUCAUGCCCCGCCCACCAAUGAGAUUUAUAUACUAUCACACCCAUUUUUUGCUUUCAAGGUUAUUGGUUUGUAUUUAUUGUACGUAAUGUAGUUCAGGGUAACUUGGCAAAUAGGCCCCGCCCCCUUUGAGAUUUAUACACUAUCACACCCAUUUUUUGUUUGCAAGGUUAUUGUUUUUACUUAUUGUAAUGUGGUUCAGGGUAACUUGGCAAAUAGGCCCCACCCCCUCCCCUCCUGGCCCACCACUGAGAUUCAUAUACUAUUGCACCCAUUUUUUUUUCUCAAGAUUGUUAGUUUGUAUUUGAAGUAGUCUGGUUGUUUUUAUUUAUUUAUUUAUUUAUUUUUUACUUCUCCCUUUUUUUUACAGUAUUACACCCAUUGGAUUUUUUUUGGCAAGGAUGUUAGUUUGUAUAUAUUUUUUAUUUUACUAAUUUUUGGGGCAAGAUAUUUACAUUAAUUUUUUUACAAGGAGUUAGUUUUGUUGACAUAAAUGUGGUCGUACUGUUUAUUUAUUAUUCUGUAUAUUAUUCUGUUAAGGGCUAAUUUUCAAUGUUAGGUUCCAGUCCAAGGUAGACCAAUUAGAUUUAGCCUUUCCCAGCAUCCACCAAUCACAUGCAACCUGAUUGGACAAGGGGCGUGGCUUCCUUUAGAACUAGCCAAUGAGAUGCACUGAAUACAGAAGUGGGAGGAGCUUAAUUUGCAAUGUUAGUGAACAGCCCAAGGUAGACCAGUGAGAUUUAACCUUUCCCCAGCAUCCACCAAUCACAAGCAGCCACACUGGGAUAAGGGGCGUGGCUUCUGUGUGGACUGGCCAAUGAGAUGCACUAAAUAGGGAAGGGGGAGGGGCUUAAUUUGCAAUGUUAGUUUACAGCCAAUGAGAUUUUAACCUUUCCCCAGCAUCCACCAAUCACAUUCAGGGGCGUGGCUUCUGUGUGGGCUGGCCAAUGAGAUGCAAGGAUUAGAGGAAGUGGGAGGAGCCUAUUCGCCAGGUUAGUUUGAACAGGGUAAAUGUGUGUGACGGUGAGGAGGGAGGGAGCGAGCGUGCCGAUCAAGCUGAUAUUCCAUGACUUUUUUGGUGUUUCUCUUUUGUUUACCAUUACGGCGCCGUGCGUUGGUGUAUGUAUAGAGUAGCUGUGGUCGCUGUUUUAUUUUUUUUUCGUAAUAAAAUUUCUUUUGC